AUGACACAACUCCCAGAUAAAGAUAAUUUGAAUGCUCAGGAAAUGGACGCAGAACUUGAAAACCAGAAGGAGGCAGAAAAAGAAAGUGAUAUAGACAGAAAUUUGGCACAAGUGGCAGAAACACCAAAGAACCACAAGAGGACAGCAAACAAACAAAAAUACCACACAGUGGGGAAUCAGAAAAAGAAGCAAAGGCAGGCUGUAGGCUUUUCUACUGUGAGUAAGGGAACGAAUGCCAACGCAAAAACCAGAGGAGCACUGGUGCCUGCAACUUUCAUUCAGGGAUCCUCUGAAAAGAUGUCUGUACUGGAGGAGAGAGGAGGAGCUGCUGGAGGCCAGGACGUGAUGGAGGUCCUGAAGCGCACACUCGAAACAUUUCCUGUGCCUGCCGAGCUCAGCUGGAGCUGGAGGGAGGACGGCAGAGUUGAGGUCCUGGAGCCCAGCUGGGCAGACAUAGUGUGCUGCAGUGAGUCAAUGUCAAAAAUCCAAAGGCAUCAGCAGGAGGCAAUGUGGGAAUUUAUCCACACUGAGAUCAUUUACAUCAACAAACUCACCAUUGUCACAGAUCUUGUGCUGGCAGCGUUAGAAUAUGUUCAUCACCGGGGAUUCCUCAACGAGGUUUCCUCAGCCCAGCUGUUUUCUAACCUACCCUCCAUUCUCGACGCUCAUAGGCUCUUCUGGCAGGAGGUGAUUUACCCUAUAUUGCAGGGCACUCGGCUCACUGGACAACCUUUUGAUCCUUUGAAGCUUGAGCCAGGCUGUUUGCAGUUCCCAGAGCGCUUUUCUGUGUAUUUGGAUUACUGUUGGGAGGAGGAGAAAAAUGUGGAAUUCACUCGCAACCAGCUGGAAACAAACCCACAUUUCCAUAUCUUUGUCCUGUGGGUGGAGACUCAUCCACAGUGUAGGCGAAUGCGAUUGGGUGACAUGCAGGCAAAACCUCACCAAAGGAUCACAAAGUACCCCCUGCUCUUGAAGGCCAUUCUGAAAACCACGCAGGACCCUCCCACUCAGCAUGCUCUCCAACGUAUGCUGAGCAGCGUCACUCAGUUUCUGGACAGCAUCAAUGACUACCUUCAGUUUAAGGACGACGAGAUGGACCUCUUUGACCUUUCCCAAAGAAUAGAGGGAUAUGAACUUCAGGGGAUGGGUGAUGAAAUCGACAAGCACAUACAGGAGUUCUGCCAUUUUGAUUUGACCAGCCCCGUUCGUGGGUCGGGACCGAAGGCCAUUCGCAAGCUGCUGCUGGAAGAACCCCUGAAGGUCAGAGGUCGGAAGGACAGCAAGCUGGAGGUGAACGUUCUGCUUUUCACCGAUGUACUACUGCUGACCAAAGCCCAGAAGAAAACAGAUAAGCAGAAAGUAGUGCACCCCCCACUGGAGCUGGAGAGAAUACACUGCGCUGAGCUCAAGGAUGGCUACUCUUUUGUCUUGGUUGAGGUGAGUGACCUAGGUUGUCCUGUCAGUGUGUACACUGUCUCUGCCCCAAGUCCUGAAAAAUGCACAGUGUGGGUCUCUGCCAUAAAUCAAACCCAGGAAGAUUUGAAGACCUUAAGGAAGAAGGACAUAACUAAACCACAGGAGCCCAGUGAUCAGGUAGAGUUAGAAGGGUCAGAAACACUUCUUUCCCCGAGCACUCAGACUACUAAAGACACAGAGGAGCAACCAGAUGAAAUCACUUUAUCUCAGGUUAAAGCUGGUCUACCAUAUACAGGUAACCAAUUAGAGAUUGAAGAAAUUCCACAAGUAGGGAAAAAAGAUCAAUAUUUACACACUGAACCAGUACAAGUGAAUCAUUUUGGCAUUGAAAUGCCAAACAUACCCAAAAAGCUCAAUGAAGAAGCAGCACAAGAAAGUGAAGAAAGAGAGGUUGGUAAGAAUGAAAACUUUGAGGACAGUUUUAUUGGUCUUAGAAAUGAAAGACAAGUUACGUGGACUCACAGGACGCUAUCACCCAUCAACUCCAAUGAUAUUUCACAAAGAGACUUAGAGUCUUUGCAAGAUUCCGGGCACAGGCAGUCAGGUGAAGAAAACGAAUUGCUCACAAAUUCCGGGAGAUUCUGCAGAAAAUUAAUCUCACCAAGGCUACGAAAAAAGCGUCCUAUAAAUUCUCAGUCCUGUGCCCCACCCCAGGACUCCAGAAUGAUGCCGGGUGAGACAAGAUUGUCAAAGUCCAUAACUAACAUGAAUUCCUUCUCAAACUCUGAUUCUGAUGGGAACCAUAGCAUUUCCCAGUCCCCAAACUCCUCCUCAACAUCCCAGGAUUCCCACCUGGUUCUCAAGUUGGGAUCCAUAAAGCAGAACCGAGUUGCGUUGUGGAAUGAAAAGUUAUCACCAGAGACACAGACCCUCUCUGACCCUGAGCUGCCCAAGGAAACUCCCCAUCAGAACUCUCUUAAAGAACCCAAGGUGAAAAGCCAUAGGAGUUCUUCCAUACCCGAGGUCAUCUACUCAGGUGCUCACAGCUUACCUCUGAGUGUCCCAGAGCCUUCUCCUUCACCUCCACCCAGACUUGACCCCCAGCAAUAUCCCUCACCCCUCCAGGGCCUUCUGGCGAGGGCCAAGGAACGAGAGAGGGGUCGUGGAAUAACGAAAAGAGAGGGAAAGCCUGCAGGGAAAAGUGCUUCAUCUGUUCCGAAUGUCAUCUGUGCCCCCAGCACUCCCUCCCCAUCAACCAGCGAGGGAGAACAAGAGGUGGAAGCAGAAGCGCUAGAGGCAUUCAAACCUCAGCUGAGCUCUUCCUCUUAUAGAGUAAAGAAGAGAAGCAUGUAUGACAGUGAGAAGGAGAGGAGAAACAGCUUUGGCCUGGUCACUCCAGUGGGUGCAAGUGUGGACUGGUCAGGAUGGUGCUUUGAUGAUGAAGAAGUGCUGGAAUUUCUGGGGCCUGACAAUGAAAGGCUGGCUUGGGUGGACAAGGCCCUAAGUGCAGACGAGCCCCAGGAGGCACCUGGGGAGGGCGAGUACAGCGAGGUCUAG